AUGGGAAGGGCUCUCUUCGACUCCAUCCGUUCCAUCCCUGAGGUACGUUUCGACGUACGUGAAGACGCAUUUGCAUUGUUAGACGUCUUCGAUGAACUUGCAAGUCAUCUCCUUUGUGUUGAACAUGCCAUCCACUACCAAUCGUUGAGAUCUCAAUGGAUAUGGGAAUUUGGGAGACGGAGAAUCGAGAUUUUGUCCGAACUGGAAAAGUACUAUGGACGGAUAAACCACGGAGAUGAGGACGAGGACAACAGCGACGAUGGAGAAAAAUCAGAUACCAGUCUUACUCAAUCGCUCACGAUCACAGAGUUCAAGAAGCUUUGCCCCGAGAUAAAGGAGGAGGAAGUGGCUCGGAAAGUCACCAAGAAACUGGAGCAAAAUGUUGGGGAACAAGGCAAGCUGACCGGGUGUGUUUAUAUUAUCUCACCUAAUGAUACCGAGUUCCAUGGGAUGCUAAAAAUUGGAUGCACAAAAGUGCAUCCUGAAGUGUCGCGAUUCGCACCCCACAACCGCUGCCUUGGGUCGUUUGAAACUAUUGCAGUCAGACCUGUGACUUACGCCCAACGAGUGGAGCAAUUGUUGUUGGCAGAGUUCUCCCACGCGCGUUAUAGCAAAAAGUGUCGAAAGUGUGGUCGGGUACAUAAUGAAUGGCUCGAAAUCAAAGUGGAUGUCAUCGUGAAAAGCCUAGACAAAUGGUGCGACUUUUUUAGUAAAUUCAGCCCAUACAAAAAGGACGGUCGACUGGGUACACUCGCGGAGGAAGUUAUAUUACCACCGCCUGUUUCAAGAGAGUACUUCAGCCCGCGUUCUGCAAAUUCGACACCUUUGAAGAAUACUUCUUCAGUGAAAGAUUCUAUGGGAAAGGGCUCUAGGAAGAAGAAUUCCGCAAAGAAAGCCCCUGCAGAGAAGACUCCUAAAAAAGAACUCCUUCAGGGAAAGAAUCCACGAAGGGUUCUGGGAAGAAGGGAUCCGCAAAACAACCUCCCACAGAGAAGACUCCUACAAAAAGCACUUCUUCAGGGAUUCUUACAGAAACUCUGCUGGAGAUUAUUCAACAUCGGCCUUCAUCCCCCACUUCGCCUUCACUUUCUGGCCUCAAAGAUCCGACAAUCACAACCACUGUUAUCCAGAGUUCCUACGAAGAAGACUCGGAGCCAGAAGAGAACGAAGUGGAUCCGGCGGAAUUUGAACCAGCGCCUAUUGUUGAAUGGCUCACUUCAAGACUGCGUCGCCUAG